GCCCACAUAGGCCCAGAUGCUCAUCAUCGUCUCUUGCCACGUGAGAUUAGGGUUCUUCUUCAUUCUUUUUUUUUUUGCGGCGGAUGCUUGAGCGUCUAAUUUCCAGAGAAACUAAGCACUCCCUUCGCUACCCGUAACGACUCCCAAUUCCUUAAAGCCGUCAUUUAUUUUGAGUUUUCCCUUGAUUAAUCCACUUCUCAUUCACUAAGAUUUCGGUGCACCUGUACGUUUCCCUUGAAACCGCCUAUAUCUCCAGCUAUAUAUAUCUCGCCUCCAUACCAUGCAAACUCCAACUCAAACCAAAUCCGAAAACUUUUAAUUUGCAAGCAAACGAUUUCAAUGGCUAAUUCAUACACUGUUCUUGCUGCCUUGAGAGCCGGGAGAUGCUCCAACGCGGCGGAGGUCCGUCUUUUGAGAUUCUGGAAGCCAAGAACAUCAACAAAAUGGGACAACUGGUGAGCCUUGAGAUGUUAUUGAUUGGUGAACAAGUCUCUUCUCUCUCGAUGGAUAAACCAGUGUUGGCCGUUUACUUACUUGAAGAAUGGUUCCAUGGUUUCUUUGAGUUGCCACAAAAUCCCACAGCCAAAAUCCGGCACCGUACUUCAACCGUGCCUCCUCGGUUAUCCACCGCAGCUUCGUCGACUUUCAAUCCUAGCCGCCAUUUCUCAAUACAACUCAGCCACCUCCAAUGCCUCAACAGUAUCAAGACCAUUUACCUUGCCAGAAAAGUAAGCUGGAUCUCGGUUCAAGCAUAGAACGUUAGCUGAGAGCUAGCGUCGUCCGAGAGAUAAACGACGAGAUUCUUUGGUGGGUAAAUGGGAGCCAACACGGAUAUGACUGUGUUGACCAUCAUCAAUAAUGGCUCGAUCACCGGAUCCGCCAUGGAAUGGAAAAUAUCCAGCCUUGGGAGACCGUUACCGUAUCUCUGGGAGAGUCUAUUGGCGAAGGUGAAUCGCCAAACAGGAUUCCACCGGACAGAUUGUUGGUAUUAAUCAAACGAAACCGGUUUGGUAUUCAAUAAUCUCAACCGGUAUGGUAUGAUCAGUCUUUAAAGCAAAAGCCAAUAGAUUCAGCCAAAAACGGAGGUCUCGAAACCUCUGAACGCAAUCUUUCCUCCGGUCCUCGUCCUGGUCACAAGAAGCGGCUAACUAUCGCCUUCAUGAACCGGUAUAAACAUAGCUUAAGAUGAUCUACAAAAUUACAUCUAAAUAGUACAAAAUAUUAAGUAAAGAUAUAAUGCUAAAUAAAGUUAUUAAAAACAUUAAAACAUACUUAAAUUAGGAAAUGUAUUUUAGAAUUUCCCAACUAAACUGUAGUCUAUAUAUAAUUAUACGAAAUCUAUAG